AUGUUUAUUGCGCAGGCUUUCUUUGAUUUGGAGAACACCAACCAGGAGCUGAAAAGUGACUUGAAAUAUCUUCACUUGGAUAUUUCUGGCAACCGUAAGGCUGUUGUGAUCUACGUUCCAAUUAGAUUGAGGAAAGCUUUCCGCAAGAUUCAUUCUCGUCUUGUCAGAGAGCUUGAGAAGAAGUUCAGUGGCAAAGAUGUUAUGUUUGUCGCCACCAGAAGAAUUGUGCGUCCCCCAAAGAAAGGCUCAACUAUUCAGAGACCACACAACAGAACUCUCACUUCUGUCCAUGAAUCAAUGCUCGAGGAUGUUGCUUACCCUGCUGAAAUUGUAGGAAAACGAACCAGAUACCAUGUUGAUGCCUUGAUGGAACCAAGAUCAUGA